UUUGAUGUGUCCAUUCAGAUCAAGAAGGUAUAGCACCAUGUUUUAGGUGUUUCUGGGCAGUUGUUUUUGAAUAGUCAGAUUAUAUGAAAUGCUACAGAAGUUUACGUGCUGCUUCUUGAAACGCUCACCCUCGUCCCAGCGAACAGCUCACCCUCGUCCCAGCGAACAGCUCACCCUCGUCCCAGCGAACAGCUCACCCUCGUCCCAGCGAACAGCACGUCACCAUUUCUUUGUCACAAGCACAUCGUUAGGAAAUGAGUGCAAAGCUCAAGUCCGGAUGUUUGCUUGAAUUAUUUUUGCAUUGCCGUGCUUGCAAGCCAACCAUUGUUCACUAUCUGACAGGAAGUUUUGAAACGCUACUACAUAUGCUUCUGCAUUCGUAAACAUUCAAGUGUGAUUAAAGGUCCAGCCUGGAGUUUUUUUUAUUACCUUUCCAGCCACUGUGAACUUUUCAGCUUAGUCUGAUCUGUCAGUCUGAGUGCGCUGAUGUGUUUCAGAAAGAUAAACAGUCUCUCUCUUGGCUUCUCUCUUCAUUACACCGAGGGCUUAAGAGCCGAGCGCCACGCGGGAUCGUUACAUCACGAAUCUGAACGCGGUUCAUUAACACUAAGCUGAUGAUUCAUUUUAAACAAGCUUUGAGCAAGUAAAGCCAAGUGGAGCGUCUACCUCUUCCUCUACGCCAUGGCCUCCAAACCUCACCCUCCGCUCAUGAAGAAGCACAGUCAGACUGACUUAGUGAGCCGCCUCAAGACUCGGAAAAUCCUGGGUGUUGGAGGAGAGGACGAUGAUGGAGAAGUUCACAGAUCAAAGAUCAGUCAGAUGUUGGGUAACGAAAUAAAGUUUGCUGUACGAGAACCCAUAGGCCUCAGACUCUGGAUCUUCAUCUCUGCAGUUCUGUUCACAGCUACGGCUUUAGUGGCCCUGGCUUUCCCCAAUCAACUCUACGAGAUCGUCUUUGAGCUCGCCACCACUAGGAUCUCCAUCAGACUCUAUGGAGGAGCUCUUCUGAGUAUCUCGUUAAUCCUGUGGAACGGCCUCUACACGGCAGAGAAGGUCAUCAUUCAGUGGACUCUGCUCACUGAAGCGUGCUACCUGGGUGUACAGUUCCUAGUGACAUCCGUCUCGCUCCUGGAGAUGGGCACGCUGUCCAACGGAGCCGCGCUCCUCCUCCUCAGUGACGCCGUCUUCCUCGUCAUCACCCUCUCGUACUACAGUCAGCUCAGCCGUCGGCCCAAGAAGAUCUGAGAUGCACCGGCUCGUGUGUGUGUGUGUGUGUGGGGAUAAUACGAGUAUAACACUGAGUGCACAUUACAGGAUUUGUCUUUCUUGACAUGUUUACAAGAUUAGUGACUCAGGUCACAUGAAGGAUUUUGGUUUAUUUUGUUAUUACACAAAUUAAUCUUGAUGUUUAUUGCAUCUACGUGAAUAUUAGAAACAUUCUCCGCUUGGAUGGUCUGCACUCAGCAUCACAUAUCCUCCACGCAUUCACGCUCGCCACCUCGCUAAAUUUAAUAGUUCUGAACGGUUCAUAAUUUAGCUUCGGAUUCUCAGAGUGAGCAGUAUGGUAGCAAUGUAUCAUGGCACUUAUAUAAGAUAUAGUUAUAUAAUAUAUCACAGUAUUUGGUUUUGAUAGGAAAAUACUACCAAAGAUUGAGAUUAUGAAGUUCAGAGUUUUUUUUUUACCCAUAGUUUAUAAAAAAAUUAAAGUCUAUAACAAGGAAAAGGCACAAGAGUGAAAUGUUCGGUACAAAAAUUGAGAUUUUAACGUUCAGUCAGCUAGGUAGAGUAACAACAGAGUUAUAAAACCACAAGCAUCUCAUAAAAGUUUAUCACAAUUCCUCCUUUAUUCCUCCUCGUUUAUUUGCAAUGAUUAAGGUUUCGUGUUUCUUAGCGGUUAUUCUGCGUAAACUUAAUUUAGCCAUGUUUUAUUAACAGUAACUUAUGAAUAAAAAAUAGUUCUAGAUAAGUUAACCUUCUUAGAAAUUUUCUGUGGUUUUUUCUGGAGUGAUUACAGCUGUCCAGGUCAUUUUUUAAAAGGAAUUUUUGGCUCUCGAGAUCUCUACACUGGCUCUUCGGUCCCUCGGCUCCAAGCAAGAUCUGUUUUUAGGAUUAGCUCUUAAACACUAGACUCCUGGCCUACUUCUGCUUCUGCUUCCUCCAGCUGAGGGUUUCUGUACUAUAUGACACAUAACCACAUGAAUUCGACUGAUUUGAUGUCAUUUCACACACAUGGAUACAUCACUAACCUAAUAUCAGCGUUUAUAGACAAGAUUACAACAUGCUUUAUUUUUUUUUAACGCAUAUGUCAUUUGUCCAAAGUUUCAUUUGUUGGUCAUAGGGACGUAAACAGAAUUAUUCAAGACCCUGAUUCGCGUAGAUGCAAUAACAAGGCACAGCCUCCAGAAAGAAACACUUUAUAAGCUCUCUGGACCGAAAAAUGAGUCCCGUCCAUCAAUAGCAGCGCUUUAUUGUACAAUGUCGGUAGUUUGAGCACUUAGACUCUGAAGAUUGCUUUUUGCGCUUCGUGUCUGAGCAAAACACAACACUGACCCUCCCACGUUCCAGAGUGAUGACUAAAGUGUGUAGGACCAAAUCUGUGUGUGAUUUGCUCAUCAAAGCACUUUGACUGUCCUGUAAAAUCAUCAACACCUCAAUUUUAUAGAAAACUAGUGGGAUUAUUUGGAAGAAGAGGAGUGAAGGAGUGAAAUACGCCACAAACUCUUAGCUGAAUUGCACCCAGUCAGUGGAAGAGGGGGCCAAAACUUACAGUGACUGUCUCAAAACACUUGGCUUCCUGAGAGAGAUGAAACCAAGUAUUAGGGAAGACUUUUUUUUCCCCCUCCAAGGAGCUUAUGAGACUGAAAUCAAAUCAAAGCUUUAAGCUGUGCAAUCAAUUUUCAGACUGAUGGUUCAUCACUUCCUUUUUUCUUUCUUUCUUUUUUUUUUUUUUUUUUUUUUUUUUAAAUAAAUUGCAUAAUCCUGUACUGUGUGCUCAGUUUAUUAAGGCUGUUUUUACACUUGGCCUGUUUAUUUUUAACUCCAGGCACAUGUUUGUCAUGCUAUCCCAUGGGAAUCAGCUGCUUUUAAAAGGAGCUGAUGCUUCUGGGGUUUUUUGUUUUGGUUUUUUUUGUCACACUAGAGCUUCCACAAGUUGAAAAAAAUUCAGAAGUGCUUUUUUUUUUUUUUUUAACUUCCUGACCAAUCAGAUCACAAGUUGAGGGGCAAGAAAGAAAAACACAAAUGACAACGUGCUGGUGGAAGUAUUAGUUAGUGACUGAGUGGAUAUGAGGAGGUUAGGACGUGACGUCACGUUUGGUUUCUGCCUCCAAAGCUACAGCGAAGACAAACAACCUCCUCAUCUCCAGAGUUGCAGCAAUCCUUAUUCCAUCUGAUUACUGAGAAUAAUAAAAUCUACAGAGCAAGUGAGGCCAGGCUAGGCUGAAAAGGCCAAGUGUGAAAGCAGCCUUGGAGAGUUUGGUUUGUGAAAUGACUCAGCACAACAUUCAUGGUUUACUGUAGCUCUUCUAUCAGGACCAAACAAAAUCUGGUUUGUGUAGCACCUCGUCUCUCUUGACACUUUCACUUUUAUCAUGCGAUGGCGUACAGAUACAGAGUGAUGAAUUUGGGAAUGCAGGGGAAUUCCUGGUCAGGGCUUCUUCAGGUGUUUUCCUCAGCAUGAUCUCCUUUGUUAAUGUUUGUGCACUGGGUAAAAGAGAAACUUUCCAUUUUAGAGAUUUAUUUUUCGAUAGUAUGCUUCACUAGAAGUAUGUAUAUAACAGAUUAACUAAAGAUGUACUGUUAUCCAGCGUGUAGACUUCAGACCUGCCAACCUGCGCCGCUUCCCCAAGGAAAGCUCUAUCUGCCCUCUUCUGCAUACAUGAACUCACACUAUUGGCUAGUGUCGCUGUGAUUGACAGGGGGGGAGAGAGUAUGCCCCUCCCAUCCCGAGAGCACGUUUUGCUCUCCUGAACUCGUGGCUAUGGAUGGCUGUGGCAUCGUCGGGAUUUGAAAUCGCGAUCUCCGAACGACAGGGCGAACAUUUUUCUGUUGCGCCGCUCGGGAGUCUGGAGCACCGCGUUUCAACAUCAGAGUACACUUUCCGCACUAAACCCCAGAUGAGCCAAUCAAUAAAUGAAUCUGGAAUGACUGACAGUUGUGUAGGUGUUACUAACCCUCUAGAAACCCCGCCCCUUCCCUAUUAUCUUACAUUCUCUGACUGUACAUGGAGAAUGUUUUGAGUUCAUUAACAUGAAAUAAAAUCUUAGCUAACAUUAGUGAAGUAUAUAGCUAACAUCAGUCACUAUAAUUAUUAGGGAUGACACUGAAUAUUUUCGUCCAUUUUCAUCACCAUUUUUUUUUUGGCUAACAGUGAUUAAAUAUGUCAAAUCUAACAUGUUACAAAUCAUUUUAAUGCUAAUGAUCAUUAGGAAGUGAUUUAAAUAUGAUGUUUGCUGUCUUGCAGCAGUAUUUAAACGUCGUGGUCAAACCUGUUACAAUAAUGUAGCUAUACAGUGUUUUUGUGUUAACAACCAGGUGAUUGAAGGAGGUCUGGUUUUAGUUAAGAUGUAAACACUCAGAGUUUUACAUACACACUUUAUUAUUAAUUGCUGCACAAAACAUGUUUUUCCUAGAAUAGUUUCUGCCUUAGACACGUGAUUUACUCGACUACGCGUUAUUCCUCUUUAAGGUUGGCAGGUCUGAUAUGUUGAAAUGCCAUUUACAUUCGGAACAGAUCUGUUAUUAUGGUGAAAUUAAUGACAGUUGUGGUAGUUUUAAUGGAAAAUAGCAAAAUGUCGAUUGUAGAUCUGUUCUUGUAAACAAUCACACUUUGACGCAGUUGAACAAGUUGAUGCAGAUCUAGUUUUAAAGCACAGUUUGUUAAAAUAAGCUCAGAACGGUGUUACCGUACACAGAGUGCAGGUUCUGUAUAGUUUGGAAAUCAUUGAAUUAUUUGUGAAUGGAGCAUUAAGUGCAUUAACUACAUUAAUUGAUGAGUAUUAAGAGUGAGAACAGUUUGUACGUUUAUUUUACCUGUAUUAAUUAGUAGGGAUAUUUGUGAUUAACGUAGAGCACUGAUCAGGAUAGAGCUUUGAUUUUCGAGGUGAUAUAAACAUGUAAACAUUUUUUUUCUGGAGAUUGUGCUGCGUAGUCGUAGUGUAGCAGUACAAAUGUAGCAUUAAAGUAAUCUAUAAAUAUAACGGAAAGAAAAAGGUUUUACAUUUGUGCUGUCCAUUAUGUCAAAUUUAAUCCACAUUAACAUUAACACUUUCUCAAUUUCAGCCGCGUGUUGUAAUUCUUCUUAUUUAUAUCAUUUCUACAGUAACCUGCUGCUCUUGGAGAAUUAAGUGGUUUUUGACUAUAAUUAUAUAAUUAAAUGUUCUAGUUGACAGAGAUGGGUGAUUAAAUGUUCUGCUCUUAUUUUAGGUCAGUAUAAACCGAUACCUGUUUUAUCCGGGCAAAUUAAAUGGUUAUUGUUAAUCAGUUUUUUUGCAGUUUUUGUUGUGUUUCAGCAACUUUUUCUUUUUUUUUUUUUACGAUCCAUAGCCAUGGUCAGUGAAUGUAUUACUUUUUUAAAAAUCACAUGACUUUUAUCAAGGUUGUUAUGGUUAUUAUUUAGUUAUCAUAAGAAAGGAGUUAAAUCUCAGUAACUAAAACCAAGUACAAAUAAUGUUAACUUUAAUCAAAGUACAAUUUUAAUAACCAGGACGUGUUUCACUGUGUUUCAAAUCUACAUCUGUGUGUGAAUGAAAAUCAAAUAAAUUAGCAUGAUGGUACAUAUUUGCAUUAUUGUUCUUAAAAUGAAAUCUCUCCUGUGAUCAUAAAGGAAAUGACUUUUCUCUGGCUGCAAAAAUAGUUUGAGCUGUAGUAACCAAAAAUUUUACCAUGAUUUCACCAUAUUUUCAGUUCUAAACACAACUUCUGGGUUAUUGUGUGUUGAAUUUGUGUUGUACAGUUGCUUUGCACGGUGACUUUUAGCGUCUUGAGCACAGUGUGCUUUCACAAAAACGACACGGCCGUUACUCUGCCUCUUUACUCCUGAUUGUGUUGUGUGUUUUGUUUCGAAAAACUAUGUACAUAUGAGCAUACCUAGAGUUCUGUAUAUACUUUUGUAGCAAGAAUGUGAAGUGCUUCAGAAAUAAAGAUACAGUUUUGCAAAUGCC